AGUCUUCACUAAACUCUUUCCCUGACUGUGCUGCUGAAUUUAAGAUCUCUCCAGCAGAGCCUGCAUGUGAACUGAGAAAAUACAUGCUUCUAAAAUGGGCAGAAAUUCCUUUCACAAGCUGAGCCAUAUGGAAAUGGAGUAUAAGUAGCAGCAACUCCUAAAGUUGAGGCAAGGAUACAUUGUGGGGUUUUUUUUUUUCAGAAAAGAAUAUUAGAAGCAACUUUUACAAUGGGGUGCGGACUAAGGAAACUAGAAGAUCCAGAUGACAACAGUCCUGGAAAGAUAUUUUCCACCCUUAAGAGACCACAAGUAGAAACAAAAAUUGAUUCUGCUUAUGAAUAUACUUUGCUGGAUUUUACUUUGGAGGCAUCUACAAAUCCUAAUGUAAUUAGGAUUAAGUCGUUGCUUGAUAUUCCCGGUAAACUGGAGGAAUAUUACAUACGAGGCUAUACGACUGCUGCAAUUCAUCCUAUUAUGUUGUCUACCGGGCGUAGAAGACAUUUACCAAUGAGUUACUUGUAUCGAGUAGUACUGUAUCGACUUAAAUUAAGUCAAAAGCGGGCAGCAUCCCCAGGACAAAGACGUGCCGGCCUCGUCAUUGAGGAAUGGAAUUCACUGUGUGAAACACUGACUAAUGAAAGCAUGAAAACACUACUAGAAAAAGUCAAUGAAGCAUCUAGAAAAGGUAUGAAAUUUAUUGGGUUUGUCACAAGACAUCCCAAUCAAUCCACAAAUACAAGUGUGGAACAAGAGAGUAGCAGACACAUUACCGAUGAUAACUAUAAAAACUGGACUGAGGGGACUCUUAGUGGACAGUCAUCUGAAAGUGGAAUUGAUGAAGAAAUACAUUUGGGUAAUGAAAGCUUUCAAGAUCCAUUUUUUAGCAGAGAGGGCAGUUUGCCGAAGCCAAGAAAGAGUCAAGGUAAAGCAUUGUAUGCCAUAUUUAACAUUGUGGAUAAAGAUACUAAUUAUUGCAAGUACACAGAAGGCAAUCUCUCGAUGAAAGUCUCUCGAAAAGGAACAGCCAUAAGUGCAAUGGAAACAGACUGGCUGGAACUUACUACCUGUCAUUACCAACAAGGGUUAUCUUUAAUUGAUUCUGUUGUGUACUGGGACGUUUUAAAAGGAGACCAGUCGCCAAAAUCACUGGAAGGAUUAUUCAUCUAUGAGGAUGAUAGUUCUAGAAUUCCAGGCUCCAAGAAGAGAGGAAAUGAUGCCAUAAUAGUAGAACAAUGGACUGUGUUUGAGGGCUCUGAAAUCAAAACUGAUUAUGGACCUCUUCUGCACACUUUGGCUGAAUUUGGAUGGCUCAUUACUUGUAUCAUACCUACUCCAAUAAUUAGGCAAAACAGUGAAGGAAAUCUGACAACAAAGCAAAUUAUAUUUCUUCAAAGACCGGUAAUGUCCAGUUCAACUGUUCAGUCACCUGAGAGAAAAUCCGUGAGGCAACUAGAAGAAAAGAACAAAGUUUGUAAUCAAAGCCUUGAACGACAUGCUCCAAGCACUUCUGAAAUUGGACAGUCAGAUGAUUUUUAUUUAUCAUCUUCUAAACCAUAUUGGGCUAAAGAUGGACUUGGAGGAUUCUCUGGGUUCAGCAGCAAUGACAGCAUGCUACGAGAUUUGGAUGAUGGACAGUUUGAGCAGGAAGAUGGAGUAACUCAGGUUACUUGUAUGUAAUACAUGUGUAGCUAACCAUUUUGGUGGCCCAUUAAACUGAUUUACUAAAGUGGUUUUCUCAAAGUCAAGGAAGGAAAAACUGCCCUAUAUCCAACAUGUGUAUAUAUAUCACAGACCCCUUAUAUAUGUUAUCAGGGCUGACAUAUAGGCAAAAGAGACACUGCUGCCAGCUUCUUUCCUUUAUAGUGUAAAAUAUUGGGUAUAAUUUGCACCAGUGUAACACGCAUGCAAUCUAGAACCAAGUUUUCAGGAUUGUACUUUGAAGCAAUACACAGCACCUUUUGAAGAAUGUUAUUAUUGUGUGUGAAAC